AGCUCUCUCGGCCACCGUACUCGACCUCUGUCGUCUUCGCCCCGUUUGCCGGUCACCGAUUAGCUCUCCGCCAAUCACAGGCUUUGUUUUGGCUAGCCGCUAUCCGACUCGGGCCAGGCUGCUGCACUUGACACACUGCGAACUUCCAGCAGCUUUAACGCAGCAGAAACAAAGCACUGUCACCCCAGGGGACUCUGUAAAAAUGCCUCAGACCAACAAGUCGGUGAGCGGUGGCUGUGUGCCAGGACAGGUAUCUGCUCCAGACCAGGGCGAGCCGCCGCCAAUGUCAGUGGACGUUAAGGCCCAGGUGGCUGCUGGAGAUGGAGGCGGAGGGGUCGCUGGAGAAGACAAGGGAGACACAGAGAUCAUCAAAUCUCCCAGUGACCCAAAGAUAUACAGAUACAUAGAGCUGAGUAACGGCAUCCGAGCUCUCCUCAUCUCCGACUUCAGCGGGGCCGAUGGGAAGGGAGACGGUGAAAACGGAGAGGACAAGGGGGAAUCGGAGGACGGGGAUGAGGAGGAAGCGGAGGAAGUUGAAGAUGAAGGGGAUUCUGGCGAGGGGUCGGAGGAGGACGAGGAGGACAACGAAGAGGAAGAGCAGGACAGCGACUUUGACGAGCUGGACGAAGAGAACGCAGUGAAGAAGAAGAGAGGGAGCUCUGAGAAGCAGGCGGCAGCUGCUCUGUGCAUCAGUGUGGGGAGCUUCAGUGACCCGGCCGACCUUCCCGGCCUCGCCCACUUCCUGGAACACAUGGUGUUUAUGGGCAGUGAGAAAUACCCAGCAGAGAACGGCUUUGACGCUUUCUUGAAGAAGCAUGGAGGAAGUGACAACGCCUCCACCGACUGUGAGAGAACCAUCUUUCAGUUCGACGUGCAGAGAAAGUACUUCAGGGAGGCGCUGGACAGGUGGGCUCAGUUCUUCAUCUGUCCUCUGAUGAUUGAGGACGCCAUCGACAGAGAGGUGGAGGCUGUGGACAGCGAGUACCAGCUAGCGAGGCCGUCGGACUCGCAUCGUAAGGAGAUGCUGUUUGGGAGUCUGGCCAAACCUGGACACCCUAUGAGCAAAUUCUGCUGGGGAAACGCUCAGACAUUAAAACACGAACCCAGAGAGAAACAGAUCAACACGUACCAGCGGCUCAGAGACUUCUGGAGGAGAUAUUACUCUGCUCAUUACAUGACGCUCGCUGUUCAGUCCAAAGAGACACUGGACACUCUGGAGCAGUGGGUGAGAGAGAUAUUCAUCAAAGUUCCCAACAAUGGUGAACCUCGACCCGACUUCUCUCACCUCCAGCAGCCGUUUGACACACCAGCCUUCAACAAGCUCUACAGAGUGGUCCCCGUGAGGAAGGUUCACGCUCUGACCAUCAGCUGGGCCGUACCGCCGCAGGGAAAACACUACAGAGUGAAGCCUCUUCACUACAUCUCCUGGCUGAUCGGGCACGAAGGAACCGGCAGCAUCCUGUCUCUGCUCAGGAAGAAGUGCUGGGCUCUGGCUCUGUUUGGAGGAAACAGUGAGACAGGCUUCGAUCAAAACACCACCUACUCCAUCUUCUCCAUCUCCAUCACCCUCACCGACCAUGGCUACCAGAACUUCUACCAGGUGGUAGAUUUUGUGUUCCAGUACCUGAAGAUGCUCCAGACUCUGGGUCCCCAGCAGAGGAUCUAUGAGGAAAUUCAGAAGAUAGAAGCCAACGAGUUCCACUAUCAGGAGCAGACGGAUCCCAUCGAGUUCGUUGAGAACAUCUGUGAGAACAUGCAGCUGUUUCCCAAAGAGGACUUCCUGACCGGGGACCAGCUCAUGUUUGAGUACGACCUGCAGGUGAUCAGCGCUGCUCUGUCCCUGCUGACUCCAGACAGAGCAAACCUGCUGCUGCUGUCCCCAGAGAACGAAGGUCACUGUCCGCUCAGAGAGAAAUGGUUCGGUACCUGCUACAGCAUGGAGGACAUCCCAGAGCAAUGGGCUCAGCGCUGGUCAGCAGAAUUCGAACUCAACCCUGAACUCCACCUUCCGGCUGAGAACAAAUUCAUCGCAACGGAUUUCACCCUGAAAACGUCGGACUGUCCGGACACAGAGUUUCCUGUGAGGAUCGUCAACAACGAGCGAGGCUGCCUUUGGUACAAGAAGGACAACAAGUUCAAGAUCCCCAAAGCCUACAUUCGUUUCAACUUGAUCUCCCCCGUGAUCCAGAAGAGCCCUGAGAAUCUGGUUCUGUUCGACCUCUUUGUGAACAUCUUGGCUCACAACCUGGCGGAGCCGGCCUAUGAAGCCGACGUGGCCCAGCUCGAGUACAAGCUGGUGGCCGGAGAGCACGGACUGGUGAUCCGACUGAAAGGCUUCAACCACAAACUUCCGCUGCUGUUGCGGCUGAUCGUGGACCACCUGGCAGACUUCAGCGCUGAGCCGGGCGUCUUCACCAUGUUCUCAGAGCAGCUGAAGAAAACCUACUUCAACAUCCUCAUCAAACCUGAGCGACUGGGCAAGGAUGUUCGUCUGUUGAUCCUGGAACACUGUCGCUGGUCGGUCAUUCAGAAGUAUCAGGCCGUUAUGAAGGGUCUGACCGUCGACGACCUCAUGACCUUCGUCAGCGGGCUGAAGGCGGAGCUGUACACCGAGGGGCUGGUGCAGGGAAACUUCACCAGCACGGAGUCCAAGGAGUUUCUGCAGUACUUCAUUGAUAAGCUGCAGUUCCAGCCUCUGUCCGCCGAGGUCCCCGUCUUGUUCCGGGUGGUGGAGCUGCCUCAGAAAAAUCACAUCUGUAAGGUCAAAUCUCUCAACAAGGGAGACGCCAACUCCGAGGUCACCGUCUACUUCCAGUCGGGGCUGAAGAACCUCAGAGAGCACGCCCUGAUGGAGCUGAUGGUGAUGCACAUGGAGGAGCCCUGCUUCGACUUCCUCAGGACAAAGGAGACGCUGGGGUACCAGGUGUACCCAACCUGCAGGAACACCUCAGGGGUGCUGGGGUUCUCUGUCACCGUGGAAACGCAGGCCACCAAGUUCAGCACGGAGUUCGUCGAGGCAAAGAUCGAGGAGUUCCUGGCCUGCUUCGGCGAGCGUUUGUCGGGUCUGAGCGAGGAGGCCUUCAGGACCCAGGUGACGGCUCUCAUCAAGCUGAAGGAGUGCGAGGACGCUCACCUGGGCGAGGAAGUGGACCGCAACUGGUUCGAGGUCGUCACACAGCAGUACGUCUUUGACCGGCUCAACAAGGAGAUCGAGGCUCUGAAGCUCUUCACUCAGGAGGAGCUGGUCUCCUGGUUCCUGGAGCACAGAAACACCAGCAGCAGGAAGCUCAGUGUGCAUGUGGUUGGUUUCGGGCUGGAGGAGAACGACCCGCCGGAUCAGAGCGUCGUCUGCUGCCCGGACAGCCCUGACAACCCCCCCACCUCGGCCUACGGCGAAGUCAACGAGCUGACCUUCCUGUCGGCCUCAUCGCCGUUGCUCCAGGACGCCGCGCUCAUCGCCGACAUCAGAGCGUUCACCUCCUCCCUCCCCCUUCACCCCUACCACAAAAUCCUCAGCUAGGUCGCCCCCACUGCAGACCGACAGGAAACUCAAGAGAACGCCUCCUCGUUUCCUCUCUCUAUAUCAGAGAUAAUAAAGUAACCAUGGCAACAGCUAGCAUAAUACAAAUAAUAAUAAUAAUGAUAAUAAUGAUAAAAAACACACUGUUUGAUCAACGAGGACACUAUUGGACGGAGUGAAACCUGAGGGACGUUUCAGAGGUGUUGGUCACAAUGAUGCUGCAUUCACUUCCUGGGAGAAAAACUGUACAUCUGAGCUUCUUACCAAUAAACUCGGUUUUCCGAGACGAUGGAUCCUGGGAAUUUGAGUUUGUGACAAAUUCUGGCAACCAAUAGGAAAAACAGUUGAGCGUGAAGAAUAAUAGAUGAAAGUUUGAUAAACAAAAACUCACUGAGGCCGUUGCUGUGUUCAGCCAAACUGACCCGACUGCUGCAGCUAAGCCAGAUGUACGAGCACGUUAGCGCCUCAGAGUUAGUGGAAGGAAGGCAGCUAACUACUGAGGACAGAUUUUAGAAAUAUCAGUGUAGAGCAGUUAAUCUAAUGAUAAUCUGUUGAUAACUUUCUCAAUCGGUUGUUUUAAAAAAUGUCUCCCACAGUCACCAAGAGCCUGAGCUGACGACUUCAAAUGUCUUCUUUUGUCCAACUAUUGAUUAUCAAAAUAGUUGCCCUUUAAGUUUCUGUCAGUCGACUUAUCAGUGUAUUAAUCUCUGCAGCUCUAAAACAGUGCGUGCUUUAUCGUUUCUAGUCUAUUUGGACUUUUGAUUAUCACAAAAAUCUGUCUUUUGAUACAGCGUAGCUCAUAUCAUAGACCUACAACCAUAUCUCUGUCUCCUUACAAUCUACUGCGGUAUCAGUAUUCUGCCAAAUCUUUUGUCUAGUGCAGUUGUUAAGAAGCAAAACCCUUUUCCGAUGUAUUCGAACACUGGAAUACGAUACUGAUCCUUAAAAUCCCAGGAUCGAUCUUUGCGUUUGCACUUUCUCUCAGUAAACGUGCACUUCUGUCACGCGUCUGCAGGGGUCACCUGUCAUGAGGAGCUUCAGUUCGGGCUGCGUGUGUAAUACGUCUUCGUACUUUGUGGAAAUCGAGUUAUUACAGCCUCCGCGAAAAGGCCGUUGUAAGUUAAAACGCGCCGUAGGUGCCAGCUGCCGCGCGGGCCGCCCUGUGAACGGUGAGGUGACCGAUUAGAGUCCGCGUGGACCCGCUGCAGUCUACCUGAUGUGGACGUUUGUACCUGCGCUGACAGUCCACGCUGUAGCUGUACGGGACAAUGUUUGGUUUUUAAAAUGUGCAGAAUGACGACGCCCUCGUAAGUGCUGCGGGUUUUUAUUGUUUCUUAACUGUUCUGCACACGACGGCCUAAAACAUAUUGUGGGCGCAUCAUGUGUCGGCCGUUUGACAUUUGCCAGGGAAAAGAAAUCCUCGGUCUGCGGCUUUAGAACCGGAGUUUGGCCGACAAUGUGACUUGACACAGUUUACUCUUCGAGGAAACAACAGUGUCGCUCACUUGUUGAAUGUGGAAGAAAUUCAAGUUCCCAGGAUGAAUUCUGAGAAAGGCUCUACGCGACACUGGCUCUUAUCUGAUGGGAUGAACCCACCUCCUCAGUCUCUCAAUCUGCAGUCAAAUAUGAACGGAAGCAGAUGCGAUCAAUUUUCAGUUUAAUUACACAAUUUGGAAAGAGUUUGACACCAAUGAGAGUCUUGCCUUCAUAAGGUCAUACGUGGUCCAAGAUUUUAUUCUUCAGAAAUGAUCCGUAGGAGUCUGCCGUCAGACUGAACUUUGACCUUCAAGCUUAAUGCAACCGGGCCCGCAGAAGGCUUCGUUUCAUUCAACUUAACGUACAGGGACCGCUGGUAGCAAUGAAGGGAUUUCUACAGGACUGACUAAACCGCAGCUUUAGGCCUGUAACAAACAACUAUUUUCACUAUCAGUUGUUUUCGUUAUCGCCAGUCCAAAAUCCAAAGAUAUAAAAUUAUAAUGAAGACAGAGAAAGACAAAUCUUCGUGUUGUAGAAGCUGGAACCAGAUAAUUUGUGGCAUUAUUGCGAGGAAAAAUGACAAUAACAACUGAUCAAUUCUUAAACUAUUAUAUAGGAAUUAAGUUUAUACUGUUUAGCUUAUGCUCUUUGAACUGUGAAAAGAUUAGAUUUUUCCCAGGUAAAGUGAAUGCAGCGUGAUGACUCAGGGCUCUGGUCUAAAAUAAAGUCCAUGACGAAAAACGACGAGAAGGUCAAACCACCAUCUUCAUGCCAGUAUCACAGGCAACGCAACGGCCACGUGUUUUACUUCGUCGUCUCUGAGUUUACACAUGUUCACACUGUGAUGUUUCGUCAGUGGGCGACUGAUAUAAAUGAAGAAAUAAAUGUAUGGACUUGAACAGUG